GUUGUCUAACAUCGACAUUAAAACAGUUCUAUCAUUAGAUGUGAAGUCGGUCAUUCAAACAAAUGUGACUUAUGAUGGAGAAAUUUUCAAUAUCUGCAUAUCCAGCCAGCGGGAGACUGAUGACAGUGGCUGGCAGUUGCACGCUACACUUAAUUAAGUAGUUCAACCUGGCACUGCUUUAAUAAAUAAUGAAGAAUAUUUGGAUAACUUUGCAGGUGAAUCAGUGGAAUCACUCUACAUUGAAAUGUCAGACUUGGGUUAUAAAUUUGGCCCACGAUUCAGAUCACUAAUGAAUUUAAAAUCAUCCCUCCUCCCCUCACGUUGUUCGCUAACGGCAGACGUAACGUUAGCGACAUUUGACCAAGAUACAAAUGAAAUUGGUAGCUUUGUGGUUCAUCCCACCAUAUUGGAUGCUUUAAUUCAGGCCGCACUAAUUGCACAACCAGGUCCACUGACAACAUUGAGGGUCCCGAUUAAAAUUUCGACAGUAGAGGUACUUUGCCAUGUUCCUAGCGAUGACCUCAAGCCCAUGUGUGACAAGCAUCUUCGUGUCCAAGCCGGCAUGAAUUCAAGCACGCUGUUUAUCCGCGGAAAGGAUUCAAUAUGGCGUGCUCAGGUUUAUAUUACGAACCUGACCACAGUCAGCACAACAGUAGACGCGAUUCAAAGAAUGACUAACGCAAGCCCAAAUACCAAUCACCAUGACGAGGAGGACAAAGUGCUACCCCUAUUUGUAGAGGAAUGGAGUGCAGAAAACAAAGUAAAUCUGAUUCCCAUGAACAACACUUGCAUACACGAACAGUUUGCAUCCUUUAAACCAAUCUCCAGGACUGCCGCAGAAAUUCAAGAGUAUAAGCGAAUUACUUCAUACAUAGGGGCACGAAUUGCUGCGACAUUAAAGUUGCUCGGAUUCUGUUUCUUACCUAAUGAGAGUUUCACACUUGGGGAAAUUGCUUCCCGUCUUGGCUUAUCUCAUUUGGCACCAGCUUUCUUGGCCAGGCUGCUUCACUAUGCAGGUCAGGCAGGUCUGUUGAAUCAAGUGUCCGCAACCGAAUGCAUCGUAUUACCGCAUUCUGAUUUUGGGAUAACCGAGAAUCUCUUACGUCAUCAGGACAGAAUUUUGCGAGAUGACUGGGCUUUUACAGAGUUUUACAUUUCGAAAUUGGGUGACUUUCUUCGUGGAACGGAAUCCAUUCUUCCUCACCUCUUACCUCCCUCGCUUCCCACAUUGCAACUACACACCGGAGAUAUUAGUAACCAAACAGAAGAAAGUACUGAUUUCUCUGCAGAACGACUGUACCGUACUACCGUGAUGUGUGCCACACUCACUGAAAACUUAAUUUCCGUUUUUGCCACUUUCACGAAAAACAACUUUAGGGGUUUACGCAUUUUGGAAGUUGGGGCCGGCACUGGUGCAGCUACGCGAGAACUUCUACAUCUUCUUCACGGGUCUUCGUCCUCUUAUACCUUCACCGACAUUUCAACAAAUUUCCUCAAUACAGCAGAAGAUUCCUUACCCCCUGUUCCAGGAGUAGAGGUGGACAUCCGUAUCCUGGACGUCGAGAAAGAUGUCCUUGCACAGGGUUUUGAAAUAGCUGCAUUCGAUGUCAUUAUUGCGAUGAACGUCUUGCAUGCAACUACUGAUCUAGGAAAGGUGCUUGGCAACCUGCGCCUAUUGCUUGCCCCUGGAGGCAACAUAUUCAUUGCCGAACAACUGCGCCCAUGUGCAUUUAUAGAUAUCAUAUUCGGACACUGCAAGGGCUAUUGGCUAUUCCAGGACGAUAUUCGAUCAGGUCAUUGCCUAAUUAACGGGGAAGCAUGGAAGUUAGUUCUUCAGUCUGCUGGAUAUGGAAAGGUAUCAAUUGUAGAAAAUACUGAUUUCGAUGUUGGAGUAAUUGUCGCCAAAAAUGAAAAUCCGCCAUCGCCUUUCCAUAUAAUUGCGACCAGUGAUGACGAUCAGUUUGCGAACCAACUAAAAGCUUCAAGUAAUGGACUUGCGACAUGGUGGAAUAUUAAUAAUCAACAAAUUGCUGUAAAACCCAACAAUAAGAUCGUGUACUGCUUCCCACAUUCCAAUACGCAUUCUACUCGGGAGUCGAAUCAGGAGCGAGAACAAUUAAAACACUUCCUUGCAUUUGCCCAGGCCUUAUUAUCGAUUGGAAAGGUACAAAUCUUUCUUGUGAGUCAUGGUCUUAUGCCAGUCCGAGAUGAGGAGGCCUGCUAUCUAGUUGCUGGAGCAAUACGCGGAUUUUCCAGAUCUCUCGCAAACGAAAUGCUAGAACUAGACAUGGUGUGGAUAGACCUUGAUAUCGAUGAAGACGCCGAGCAGCGGGUCAACGAAAUAAUAAUGGAAAUUAGAAAUAAACAAAAAUUACGACGUCGCAGCGAGGAGCCGUUUGUAGCUUAUCGAGGGGGAGUUCGCCAUGUAGGAAAGUUUGUCCCAUUUGUGUCUCCCUUUGCUACCAUACCACUACGCCAAACAGAGAACCCUGUCAAAUUACGACUUCCUAAAUCCUGCGCCCUCGAGGACUUACAAUGGGAUUAUUCUACUUCAAUUCGGCCCGCCCAUUCCCUUCCGCAAGACCACAUUCAAAUCCGGGUCCACGCGUCCGGAUUAAACUUUAGGGACAUUUUGUCCAUCAGAAAACCAACUUUGGAAUUUGCACCAGCGUCCGCUAUAGGAUCAGAUAUUUGUGGAGAAGUGAUUGCAGUGGGAUCGGCCGUUCGGAACAUAUGUGUUGGUGCGAACGUUCUGGCGAUGAGCCUGGAAGCACUCCCCCUACCUAACGUUGUUCAAAUAAAUGCAUCACACGUGGCCUUAUUGCCACAGAACUUGACCCAUGUCGAGGGGGCCACCUUGCCAACUGCAUUUUAUACUGUUUAUCACUCCCUUGUCACCGUCGGUAAUUUGAGCCGUGGAGAAUGGGUCUUGAUCCACACAGCAUCUGGGGGAGUUGGCCUUGUUGCAAUUCAAGUCGCGCGGGAAAUUGGGGCCAAAAUUGUAUGUACGGCUGGCAGCCGCAGGAAAAGGGCUUACUUAACAGACGUACUAGGCUUAAAAAAUGUAACCAGCAGCAGGGAUAUUUCCCGUUUUUUAGCCGGUGUAAAGUCCGCAACCGGAAACGCUGGGGUCCACCUUGUCCUAAACUCACUCACCUCAAAGGGCUGGAAAGAGGCUUCAAUUUAUGUGACGAGAACAGGAGGAAGAUUCAUAGAGAUGAGCAAACUGAAUGUUUGGAGCCAUGCAGAAGUUGAUCAAAUUCGUCCUGAUGUGAGAUAUUCCAUUGUAGACCUCAGUAGUCGGGACGACGACCGAACAGUUUACCUAGCACAUGAAAUGCAAACUUGGUUGGCCAAUGGGAAACUGGCACCUAUAGCUUACUCAGUGUUUGAACCACCAGCCAUAAUUUCUGCCCUCUGAUACCUACAAAGUGCAGCCCACA